CUUUCGAUCCUCGGUUUCAGGGACAUCAAUCAUAUCAUCCCUUUGUCCUUGCGCUGCAUCACCACCGGUGGCUCAAUUUCCUGGACCCAGCGUCAAGGUACCUCACGCAGUGAAUCCAAUCAAGAUGGGCUGGUUUCCGUUUGAUAGAAAACCCUCAUCCUCGUCUUCCCACCACCAUACCCGUCGACGUUCUUCUCCUUCCGGCCGAUCCACUUAUUCAAACCAGCGCGCCCGCCACUCUGCUCCGUCACUGUUCAGUAUGAAUGGCGGUGGCAGCCGCGUGGGGAGGUCCAGCCCGUCGGUAUUCUCCUCAUCGUCGUCGCGACGUGCGCGGCCCCGAUCAGGCUUUGUGCAGCGCGUGGUCCACUCCAUCAAACGUCUGCUCCGCGAUAUCUAUGACUACGCUCGUCGCAACCCGAUGAAGGUUAUGAUGCUGGUGGUCAUACCGCUUCUCACGAGUGGUGUCCUGCAGAAGCUACUCGCCUUGAUUGGUAUCCGUCUGCCAAAGAAUCUCUUUGGUGGGAAUUCUCCGAGGUCCGGUGGCAACGGUCUGUCAGACAAUCUCCAUGGACUCAUGAACAUUGCGAAGAUGAUGAUGUAGAGGCACUCGGGCUUCAUUCUCACUGAACUGAGAAUGAUAUCAAUCAGAUAUAUGUCUGCUACUUCCCCCGCGCCCCGGCAUCACGCGUGGGAGAAGUGGCGUGGAACAGUCCAACAGAAUAGAGACGAUGACGAUGACGAUAUAUAUAUGAAGACGAUGAUAUGAUGUGAAUUUGGCUUGGUAUUCUUUCAUUGGUUCCUGUGUUAUUGUAUUUGGUUAUUGAUUUU